ACACGUGGGAAAAUAAAAAAUAAAUAUAAAUUUUGUAUCAAAUCAUUUAUAAUACUGUAAAAAUCAUCAUAUAUGUACUUUAUUAAUAAAUUUAUACUGAGAGAUCAAAAUGCCGAAACGAAGCAUUGAUGCUGCAGAGAAAGUACCAAAUACGAAGGUAGGAUACUGUCAGUUUUGAUUGCAAAACAUACAUAUAUUUAAUAUGUGAUUGUGCUUUUAUAAUUUUUGUGACAAGAGUUUUAAUACGCUAGUUUGCUUGUGCUGCAGACUAUUUUAAUUCCAAGUAGCAAAUAGUGUGUUUCCUGCCAAUAUUUAUAUGAAUUAUCAGAUAUUGAAUUCUAUAACUUGUGAUAAUCCUCCAUCACUCCAUGUGCCCAUUUGCUGGUCAGUGUCAGUGAAUAGUGGUCAGUGUUUUACUUUAUGUUACAAUUUCUGGUACCACAAUGUCUUACCUUGACCUAAUGAUGGGCUGAUACAGAUACCAAAUAUUUGAUACCGUUGAUAUCAAGGUCUGAAAGAAAAGCAUUGAUACUGUCAAAAAAUAGUAUCAGGAGUCUGUCAAAGGUGUUUAACAUUUUCUUAAUGUUUCAAAUUUUCUUAGUAUCCAGUCGGGAUACAAGUCAUUCACAGUUUUGUAUCCAAAACCAAAUUUUUGGUUUCCCGUGGAUAGUGGGAUACUGCUAAUUUCAGAUCCUGCUAUGUAGGUCACUUCAGUACUUCAAAUCACACACAGUCCAUGACCUGGACCCAAAUAAAUGCAAGUGUUUGGCAAUUAUCUACAGAGCUCCCAACCACUGCACAUAUAACAAGCUGUAACAGUUGUAGGUGUUGACAAAUCUAUGUUAUUUACAAUCUACUAUUAUAGAAAGACACUAAUCUACUUCCUGAGACUCUAAUUGAGAAAGCUGAAGGGAAUGACAGCACAGACAGUGAAGAAAGUGAAUAUGAAGGACUGGAGUCUGAAGAUGAGGACUCAGAUGAGAAUCUCGAAUCAUUUGAUGUGUGUGAUUUGUUGCUUGAAAACAAUAAGUGUUAUGAAGUAACUUACUAUUCUAGCAAUGUUAAUGACAUAGAGAAUAAUACAUGGGAGCGUGGAAAUGUUGAAAUGUACCUCACUGUGCACAAAUCUUUUGUCUCAACUUCAUUAAGUAUUAUUCAUCUCUGCUAUCCUUAUUUACUUACCGGUACUGUCCUUAUAUACUUAUUAACAUAAACUCAGACCAAAACAUAAUACAACGAGUUCUUUGAUUUUUCCAGACCAUUGUAUCUUGAUAAACCAUGUUUUAAUCCCUACUAAACAGAAAACGUAUUUAAACUACAAGAUCUCAAAAUUUUCUACUUAAUCUGUGUUUGACUGCAACAUUAUUUGGCUCUAAUGGUUGCAAAAAGCAUUGCAGGUGUCAAUUAGUCCAUCCAGUCAAUGUGAUGCUAGGUAAACACUGGUAUACAAUAAUGGGAUCACCUGCGAGUUACAUGUGUUUCGCAAGAAAGAAACGCAUCAAGGCGUUCUCGUCUUUUUUCAGCUGUAGCUGCAAUGUACUAGAUAAUGAUUAAAUUAUACAAAGCAAACAAAAUAAUUUGUAGACAAAUGAGUCUGAUGACUAUUUAUAUAUUCUGCUAUUUACAAAAAGAUGAUCUCUACUGGAAAAUGUCAAUAAACUGUUUAUGGUCGGUCAUAUUUUAGACAGGUCGGUUGGAAACCUGAAACCAACUAUUAUUUUUAUUUGGCUAAAUCUUUCUAAACAUAAAAUUUACCCUGUGCAAAAUUCCUACUGUGAUCACAGAAAUUUUGAUAGUGUACACCAGCCUCCAAAUGGCAAUAGUUUUUCACUUAGAGCAAAGAAUGAUAUAAAAUUGAUAAUACUGUAGGAAAGUUUGGAUGAGAGUAUUGAAGAUGGAGGGGACCCAAGUCAAGAGAAUGAUGAACUGAAUGAACAACCAGAAGAAACUGAUGAUGAAAGUGAUGAUGAAAAUGGAGUCAAUAUAGAAGAGAAUGAAAAAGGGGAAAGAAAUGGAGGAAAUGGAAAAGUGAAAGAAAAUCUGGAGGGAAAGAAAAAAUCACAGCCUGAUAACGAAUCUGAAGAUUCUGACGAAGAGGUCGCUAAACCACAUGAUUGAUUGAUUGAUUGUAUAAUUCAGAAAAUAUCAAAUUUUUCACCAGGGUUGUGGGUCCAAUUGUAAACCAGCAUUCGAAAUAUGUAAUGCGAAUGUGUGAAAAAAACUAAUAUGGUGUUUGCGUUUAGGAACUUCGUAAUACUAUUGGUAAAAUCCCAGUUGAGUGGUAUAAUGAAUACCCACAUAUUGGAUAUGAUCUGCACGGAGAGAAGAUUUUAAAACCUGCAACUGGAGAUGAGGUGAAUCACAAAUAGAUCAUAGGCAGAAAUAUACUUAGCUUUUCGCUUUGGCAAAUAAAGGAAUGAGUCACAAGCAAGUGUCGUUCGUUUUACCAGUAUGUGUAAAUUGAAAUGAUCAUUUUUUAUGCCAAUGACAGUAAAAACUAACUAAAACUUAUUGGAAAACUUUUAUAACGUUAAAGAAAAAUUUUGAGGAUGCUAAUGCAAUAUUAAUUUCAAAUAAAUAUAUUUUAUCAUAGCUGGAUGAAUUUCUAUCAAAAAUGGAUGACCCAAACUAUUGGUGAGUGUAAAAGCUUGAAAGAUUUAUACAGUACCUUGCGGCAUUUGGGAACCUGUCUUACUGAACUGCAAAUUAUUGCAAUUCAUAGGCGAACAGUCAAAGACAAACAGACAAUGAAGGAAAUUGUUCUAACGGAUCAUGAACUGGAAAUGAUCGACAGCAUGCAGAACAAACGUUAUCCUGCAAGUGCUGAUGACCCUUAUCAGGUAUAUAGACUUGGUAUAUUAUAAUGCCGUUCACCUUAAAAUAUAUCCAGUUUCUAUCAUUAUCAGCGAACUUUCGCGAUGAGUCGAUAGGUUCGUGAGGUGUAUAUGACAAUUCAUUGCCCACUGUAAUAUAGGACUGUGCGAAAACGUCCUAUACCUGCAGUUGAUUUUCUCAAAGAUGUCAUAAAUUUUCAAGAAAGUUAUUUUCUUUUCUUUUUAGCCAUACAUCGAUCAUUUUACGUCUAUCAAAAUGGAUCAUCCCAUAUCAAGUAGACCGGAGCCGAAGAGUAGAUUUAUUCCAUCAAAAUGGGAACAUAAGAAGGCAAGCUUUCUAUUAGGAGACUUGCAAUCAAUAUGUUAGAAAUGGCCUAACAGAAAACGUGAUCGGAACGCGUUCUUGAAUCUUGAUUGUGUUCCACUUGCGUUCCAAUCGCGUUCUUUAUUCUGAGCGCGUUCCAAUUUGCGUUUUAUUUGCAUUUGGAACGUAAAUGGGUCGCGAACGCAGAGUUCAGUGAUCAGAAUCGUAAAUUAAAGUUGUACGUUUCAAAGAGCAGAAUCUUUAUUUGUGAUCGUAAUAUUUACAGAUUAUGAAAAUAGUCCGAGCGAUCCGUAAUGGAUGGAUCAAGCCAAAGAAAUCAGAAACAGAUAAACCUCGAUAUUACAUGAUCUGGGACCAGGAUGAUACACAGGUGCGUAUGACGUCAUGACUUGGUAUGACGUCAUAUGUUAUGACGCCAUCGGUUGGUUGUCGUCAUGGGUUGGUAUGACGUCAUGUUAUGGCAUCACAUGUUAAUAUGACGUCAUAUGUUGGUAUGAUGCCAUGGUACAUGGCUUAUAUAUAACUUACGCUACAUAUACGUAAAUAAAUUAUGAACUAAAAUUUGUUAAACUCUUACUUUAGAAAAAGUUAGCACGAUACAAUAUGCAUAUUCCUGCUCCCAAAAUGAAAUUACCAGGUGCAGUCUUGACAUUUGUUUUUGUUGAAUUGUAAUAUAUUUUUAUCCUACAACUCUAUAAUGCAAACUCUCUCAGGUCAUGAUGAAUCUUACAAUCCACCACCGGAGUAUUUGCCUACAGAAGACGAGGUACACUCAGUUGCCCUAAGUGUGUUUAUUUUCGUCAACAUAUGUACGUGUUUAUGUGUCCAGUACCAUAAUUAAUGCAAGCCACUAAACUAAAUAAGGGUUAAUGUUUCGUUUCUGUCAGAUCAAAGCUUGGGAAGAGAUGGAUCCAGAAGACAGACCAACAAAUUUCCUUCCAAAGAAGUAUGUUCAUUUACAAGUUUAGAUGCAUGAACAUUUCAAUCGUGUCUGUGUGAUUGCAUGAGUCUCGCAGCAGAUGUUUUGUAUACCAAACAGAACUAACCAUACCUUACCAUACCAUACCUUACCAUGCCAUACCAUACCAUACCAUACCAUACCAUACCAUACCAUACCAUACAAGACCAGACCAAACCAUACCAUACCAUACCAUACCAUACAGUACCAUACCAUACCAUACCAUACAGUACCAUACAGUACCAUACCAUACCAUGCCAUACCAGACCAAACCAUACCAUACUGUACCAUACCAUACUAUACAAGACCAAACCAGACCAAACCAUACCAUACCAUACCAGACCAAACCAUACGAGACCAAACCAUACCAUACCAGACUAAACCAUACCAUACCAUACCAGACCAUACUAUACCAUACCUUAUCAUACCAUACCAUACCAUGCCAGACUAUACCAUACCAUACCAUACCAUACCAUACCAUACCAUACACUCUCCAGUAGCGUACAGUAUAAUGUUAAACUGUCUGUACCAGUGUAGGUAGUUCCAAUAAUAAGAAAGCUACCUGAAAAACACAGAGCCUUCGUUCGAAACGUUGCAGUUCUCCUUGUAUUUUUUCAGUAUAAUGUAUUGUUUAUCCAACGGACCGUUUGAUUGUUUAUAGAUACUCCAGUUUACGUCUUGUUCCUGGUUACAAUAAUUUCAUUCAAGAAAGAUUUGAAAGAUGUCUUGAUUUGUAUUUGUGUCCAAGACAGAGGAAAAUGAGGGUAUCCUACUUUCUUUAUUCAAAAUAACAAGAGAGUGAUUACUGUUGUGUUAUGAUAAAUAUAUUCUGGCUACUUGUCUUCGCAGCUAAAUGUCAAUCCUGACGAUCUCAUUCCAAAAUUACCGAAGCCAAAAGACCUUCAACCGUUCCCCACAACACAAGCGUUGGUAAGUUUCAUCGUGCGUGUAUCAUUGACGGCUUUGGUGUGUACUAAAACAAGAUCGAAAUAUUACCUACCAAGUGAACGAACUGAACGAUUUUUUCUCGGUUGAUAUGUUUGUGUAGAACACAAGUAACCUUGCGUUACCGCUAUAAAUGUUCCCCAGCUGAUAAAGAUCUUAUAGGGCAUGUGUUUCUUUUAUUCUAGGUAUAUCAUGGACACGAAGGAGUAGUGAGGUGUCUGUCAGUGGAUCCUACUGGACAGUGGCUAGUAUCAGGUAGGGAUAUUUCAUUACGCUUACUUUAUUCACGUGUGACUGAAACAGUUUGAACUGACAGAGCUAUUAAAUAAAGGAUACCUUAGCUCAGUAUUAGCUUACCAUUCAUAUUUCUUGUCUUAUGUACAGGUGGUGAUGACAAGACACUGAGAUAUUGGGAAAUAGCAACAGAAAGGUGUCUUAAGACCAUCCAGUUUGAGGAUAGAGUACAGAGCGUGGCAUGGAAUCCUAGCACAUCUUUAUCAUUGGUCGCCGUUGUAGUGUGAGUUAGCUUUCAGCAGUUGACAGGGUUCAGUACAGGGCAUUAGACCAACUUCAGAAGAAUGGAAUUAUAGAAGCAAGGAAAUUAAACUACAUAUUGAAAUUCUAUUUACUUGCCAGUACACGCAAGGACUUCAUCUGUACAUGUAAUGGAAAUAAUUAUUUUCUCAUUCUCAAAACUGAUGGGGGACCACCAUCUGCUUGGUGAAACGUUUCUGUAUAUUGUUUAUCACUAAAACGUUUUAAGUUUUACUGACAGGUAGUUUUGAGCACUAGUUUCAUUCUAACAGCCGAUUUUGCUUCAUGUUUAUGCAACUGAUACCAUGGUAUAAGAUUUAAUUUUAACUAUCGUUUCUUUCAUUUUAUAUUAUUAUAGAAGCGAUACAGUUGUGAUUGCGAACACAUUUCACGGUGAUAAACUAAUUUGUUCAGCCACAGAUCAACUCAUUUCCUCUUAUGAACCUCCUAGCGACGGUGAGUAGAAUUAUUUAGUAUAAAUGUUGCCAUGUGAACUUUUCAACCGAUGCAACAGCUGGUUCUCAGCGAUGGUAACGUGUAAAAAGGAAGCUCGUUCAUAGCAGAAGUAGUUUGAUGCGAAGUCAUCGAAUUUUGUUUUUUGGACUCAGCAAAUGUACAAUUUUUGAAACUUUUUUUUUCUUUCCGUUGUACAGCGAAAGAGCAAUUAGUUUCAUGGAGUGAAAUUAAAGUGAAUGAAAAUGGGCAUAAGGAUGGAAGCAGACUCGUUCUGAAGCAUAAAAAGGUACAAAGUUCUGUUUAGCCUUUAGGUUUUUUCCCAGUCACUGGUGAAUUACUUUCGAAAUGGACACUUAUACUUUCAGGCGAUUCAACAAGUGACGUGGCACAGCAAAGGAGAUUACUUUUCGGUUGUUUUGCCUGAUGGUAAGAAUUUGUGAUAAUUAUCAAACUUAUUAUGUCACCAUUCAUAAUUCAUCAUCAACAAGUGUAUUUGUCCGACAAGAUUGUAUACUUUUCAUCGAUAAUUAUAUCGGGAGUAAGUCCAUGCUUCUUUCCAAUACUGCAGGAGCAAAUCAAUCGGUGGUGAUUCAUCAGUUGAGUAAACGUCGCAGUCAGGUUGGUACAUUAACUCAUCUUAAGAAAGUAUUGAAGUCCCAUGAAAUGAGGCAAGUCUAGUGCUUAACCCAAUCUUAUGUAUAUUGUAGCAACCUUUCCGAAAAUCCAAAGGUUUAAUCCAGUGUGUAUGUUUUCAUCCUAUCAAAUCAUUCUUAUUUGUAGCGGUGAGUUUCAUUUGUGUUUAUACUUAGGUUUAUUAGUAUAUAUUUUCAUUUCUUGAUAGACAGAGUGUUAAUAUUAGCAAGAUUAACAACAAUUGCUAAGCUUCCGCAAUAUAUUUAAAGCAAUGGAAAAAUUUUCUUUCGUUCAAUGUCAUAAUCAUUCUUUAACAUCAUUUCAGACCCAGCGUUAUAUUCGUGUUUACGACCUUUCCAAACAAGAACUCUUAAAGAAAUUACAAUCUUCUGCAAAGUGGAUUUCAAGCAUGGCUAUACAUCCAGGAGGUUUUUUUUUUUUUGCAUGUUUUGGCGUUUAAACACUCAAACAUACAAACUCAUGAUGGAGAUAUUGGUGGCAGUAUAUCAGUGCCUUUCACCGCUGUAAACAUGGCCCGAUUUCUCAGCUGCUACUUCAGUUUCCUCUUGCAGUGAAACUGUGCUAGUUAGGGAUGACUCUUACUGCACAUCUACGAAGAACAAUUAAGAACUGAUAAAGCUGUAACUGAGAUAGUAACUGAACGUUACUUUCGUUUAAGUUUCUUCCUGUAGUAACAUUGGAUUAACUGUAUCUCGAUGGAGAACAGUUUAGAACGGAUAUUGAACGAUAUUGUGUGUUUAUUUCAGGAGACAAUAUAAUAGUUGGCAGUUACGACCGCAGACUAUGUUGGUUUGAUAUAGAUUUAUCGGCAUACCCAUACAAGACAUUGAGGUAGUUUUAUAUUCUAAUAACGAAAUUAAUGUAAAAUGUUCCUUCCACUGAGAAGCAUAAAUCUAUACUUAUUAUUGGAAAUGUCAUUAUUUUUAGACAUCACAAAAAAGCGGUACGUCAAGUAACUUAUCACCAACGGUAUCCAUUAUUUGCAUCGUGUAGUGAUGAUGGUACAGUCAUUAUCUGCCACGGCAUGGUAUACAGGUUUGUACGGUUAGAUAUGUUCUCAAUAGUGUAUUCUUGGGUUCCACUAAGGCAUUAUGCAGUGAAUCUGACGGGGGGUCAACCUCAAAUGUAAUAAUGUAUUGAUGCUUAUGCUGUACUGGAAUGAGAAAAUGAUACGAAAUUCCAUGUAUUUGCCACCAAACACAAGGCUGAUACAAAAAACGAACAAUCGACUCACUCUGAUAACUGUGUUUUGUUUUAGAGUUGACCCCCCGUCACUUUUGUGACGUCAUAUGAAACCCAAGAAUAAAACUAAACUAAACUAACUGUAUUUAUGUAGUGGAUAGCUCUAUCAGUUCUUAACUGCUCUCCUAUGGAAGCUCAGUUAGAGCCUAUAUCUUUAAACGAAAUUAUACUUAGGCUCGAUUACCAGCGGGUAGCGAGGCCACGUCUGGUAAUCGAACCUAAAUUGUACUCAGAUAACUACAUGCAUAUUCAAGGAUGGAACAUCGGUUACAGAGUUCAUUAACGCAUGCAAAGAUCACUAUACCUCCAAUACCCAUAGGACUUCAAUCAAGAGUUUCGAAUUUAUGUAAAAACUAGUCUUUAUUCAUUGCCAACUGUCUUAAAUUUUUAGUGACUUGAUGCAAAAUCCAUUGAUUGUUCCUGUGAAACUUCUCAGAGGUCACAAACCAACAGAAAAUCUUGGUAGGUUUUUAUACCAUGCGAUUUGACAGACUUAAACAUUCAGAAUAGUUCAUACUGAACAUUUAACGUGCUACCCGCUUUUUAAGGUGUCCUUGAUUGUGCGUUUCAUCCGUCGCAGCCUUGGAUAUUCACAUGCGGUGCUGACUCAACAGUGAGGCUCUAUAUUUGAUAAAAUGUCCUUACGAUACCAAAGACAAAACAGCGAAAGCUUCACUUCGUGGGGUCAAAAGACAAGAGCAUAAGUUGAAUUAAUCAGCACAAGGUGGUGCAACUAUACGCUUAUGGAAUCCUGAGUAUAUAUGUGCAUGGUUACACAACAAGAGGUUUUGUGUAAUCGACUGUAUGUACUGUACAUAAUGUCGAAUUGACGUGUGUUCAUGGACGCAUUACCUGAACGAAAUUUCUCAACAAAAGUUCCACUGAAAUUCAUCCGUACAAUUGCCAAAGCAUGAUUAAGACUGUGGUCCGUUAAUUAUGUUUUUUUAAAUCAACAAGUAAAACAUGUAAUUAAUAUUUUUAUAAGCCAAUACUCAAAAACAGUAUUGAAUCUUGCGAACAUACAUGUGGUCAAAAUAAUGCAAUUUUUCGAAUUUUAGUGUUGAAUGCUACUUCACAUUUGAACUCAAAUUGAACACAAAUGAAACGCUAAUCAUGUGACAAUCUUAUGGAUAAUUUCAUCGACUGUUUUGGUAAAACAUCGGCCAUGUAUUCCCUAUAACGCCCGGUCGCAACGAGGCUCUAUAACCAAGGUGACAUACGUUCCGUAAGCGUGUAUUGGUGAAGUUUCAGUAUAUUUUUCAAACCAUGCAUUUAAUGGGAUGAAAAAUAUUUUUGAUAUAUUGUUUAACAAUAGUCAUAUGUUCAAAUUUCCACGUCUGUUAUAAAUAAGCAUCUAAUAUACAGUAUGAUUUAACAACCUAAUAUUUUCAAAAUGUUUUCAAUUGCCUGUUCAUAUUGCUGCUUGUGUUUUUCCUCUCUCACAUCAACAACAGAUUCUAAAAUAAACAGAAACGAAUGCAUCAU